AUGGACAUGGCACAGCACGGCAUUACGGUCAACGCAUACUGUCCCGGCAUGGUCCGCACUGAUAUGUGGGAGACCAUUGACACUAGCCUUACAACCAGGAUGGGACUUCCCAAAGGUGCUGCGUUUGAGAACGGUGUUGCGACCCGCAUUGCGUCUAAGAAACCUCAGACUCCUGAAGACGUCGCUGGUUUGGUAAGUUUUCUGGCAGGAGAAGACUCGGAUCAGAUCACUGGGCAGAGUUUGAUCGUAGACGGCGGUGUGGUAUUUUCUUAG